UGGUAAUCAGUAACCCAAAGAGUUAACAUGAACAGAUGAAGCAGAUUAGACUGAUCUAGUGGAAGGUUUGGAAGAUAGGUAGUGUCAUUUCAGACUUCCUUCACUCUGGAGUCUGCCCAUUGCUGUGCCGUUCUGGACCAAUCAGAAGUUGUUCUGUUGUCAAAUUGUGACACUUAGAUAUGCUGCAAGGCAAAACAACCAUGGAACUUAUAGAAACUUCGUCCUCAAUUGAUGACACUUACUUUGAUGUUGACUAUGAUUACAGCUAUUAUUAUGACUAUAUGAAUGGUUUUUGGCCGUGUGAAAAUACUCAGGGCGAAGCAUUUGGCCGGAAUUUUCUAGUCCUUGCUGAAAGCAUUAUUUGCUUGCUCAGCAUUAUCGGAAAUAUGCUUUUUAUUUUCUCCUCGGUCAAAUCAAAACUCCCGCAAAAGAUAUUACCAAUGAGCAUUACCAUGUCCAGUAUUUUGUUUACAAUCACAUUGCCGUUUUAUGCUAUUUAUGCUCACAGUGAAUGGAUUUUUGGCAACAUUGUCUGUAAGACAGUCACAGCUAUUCACACUGCUACUAUGUAUAGCAGUAUACUUUUUACUAUUUGUUUAGGUCUGGAGAUAUAUUUAGGUGUGAAAUGGAACUUGUCAGGGAGGACCCACUCAUCACCAGUAAGACUUCCAAUAGUUUGCUCUGUGAUUUGGAUAUUAUCUUCAUUGGCUGCAGUACCAUCUUGGACCUUUGUCGAAGAGAUCGACAGCAAUGGACAGAAACUUUGCUCCUACAAUUUUGGAGAAGACCACCACACUUGGAUGAUCUUUAAAAAGUUUCAGCUGAACAUCUUUGGGUUUCUCGUACCCUUUUCAAUCCUUCUGUUCUGCUACAUGCGAGUCUGCUGUGCCAUAACCAAGCUCACGCCGCGGGGGAAAUCAAGUGCCCACAAACUUCUGGUGGUUGUGGUAGUAUUCUUUGUACUUUGGUUUCCUUACAACUGUGUGUUGUUUCUGCAUUCUGUGCAGAUCUGGCAAGCAUGGAGCUGUGACUCCAACCAUAACCUGGAAUUUGCCAUUCAGAUCACCGAAUGCAUUGCUUUCAGUCAUAGUUUUAUCAACCCUAUUGUGUAUGGAUAUGUUAACAGGAGGGUUUGGAGGUGUUUCGCCAGAAUGUGUGUGGGGAGAUGUCAAACUGCUACUGAGUAUACUCUGGAGGGAACCAACAGUACAGAUUUCUCCUCAGUCCAUGGAGAUGGUGUUGAGCUAAAAGCAGUUCAGUGUCACCACCAAAAUACAGCAAAUGAACUUCAUAAAGCCACUGAGAGUCUGUCAUGAAGAAGAUAUGAAUGGCUAUGAUAAGGCUUGCUAAAACACAAUGAAGAAACUAGUGCGAAUGCGUGUGUGGAAUCUUGUGUUUGCUUAAAAAUUGCUGAUCUGUUCAGGAAAUAAGGUUGACAACACCCUUCCUAAUUGUUUCAUAAUGUCAGCACAACUAUUUUUUAUCAGUAUCCUUGAUUUUUUUUCCUUGAGGAAGAACCAUGCAAGUUCUAUUUUAUUUUAUCCAGUACAGUUUUGCAGAAUAAAAAUAUCACUUUUCAGCUUCUGUUUUCAUUACAUUAUAACCAAUGGUGUCAGUAAGAACAAAAGCAGCAUGCUAAUUCUUCCAGCAUUUCCAAAAAUCUAACUUGUGGAUCCAACCCUAUGUCCUUUGGCUUUAUGGGUGUCCAUAAAGACAACUCUUAGUAGGCCUAGCAUGUAAUACAGAUCAUUUCAGAAAUUAUAUGAACACACCAUGAUGCGAUUAGGCAAAAUGGACGUACUACAAUUUAGACAGAAGGGGGCUACUAUGUUUAUUCAUUAUGUGACAUUAUAGUCUUGUUUGCCAUGUUGGUGUAUGGCAUGAAACUGCACUCAUGAGUAGCUGAUGUCGCAAAGAUAUGUUCUGUCUGCUGCAUUGUACUAGGCAUGGCACUUUAAUAUGCACUCCUGUUAUGCAGAAGUCAUUGUAAGGCUAGUUGAUGAACUGAGAUGCUCAGACUGCACUGCUGUAUUACUAUUUGAGUUCACCUUAAAUUCAUCAGAUGUUAAUGUUGCUAUACUUUUUAAAUCAUUGUAGGAUUGUAGUAUGACUACAAUAAUAAAAAUGACUAAAUGUAAAUGUAGUAGGCUACAUUAGCUGAGAUGUUACUUUACGAUGUUGCUAGCAAAUACAGACUUUUACUUGACACUGACCGAGUAUGCACUUUUGAUUCUUGAUCUACAAUAUUGUG